AUGAUGCCAGGGUCGCAGCACAUGCAGUGGCCGACCCGAGGCCCUCGGGCGAGCUGUGACCCUCCUCCGCCCAAGUUGGAACACACACAGACAAGCCCAUCGUGGCUGGCAGCCGAGAAGGCGGAUCUUGUUGACACCAUCCACAUCAUCUGGCGAGGAUGUCUCGCGUGCAGCGUCGCUGCGGCCACAGCCCUGCCGCGGUGGCUGGGCUCGCCGAUCUGA